GUCAAUCCCAAUAUUACCCGCGAGAAAUGGACGCCAGAAGAGGAUAGCCGCCUCACCAGGUUUGUUCAGGAGAUAGGCGUUGGAAAAUGGGCAACCGUCGCGCGUCACUUGCCUGGGCGUACGGACCAGCAGUGCAUGGGCCGAUGGCGACGACACCUCGAUCCGAACAUACGAAAGGAUGCGUGGACCGCAGAGGAGGAUGCCCGGCUCUAUGCCCUUUACCAAGAAUACGGAUCCUCCUGGUCCAUGAUUGCCAAGUGCAUCGCAAACCGCACGCCGCAACAGUGCCGAGGGCGAUGG